ACACCGCCCAUGCGGCACGCUGUCUAUCUAAACCAAAACUAAACCCAUUCAUCAUCUUUCAUCUGAAUACUCUCUUAACCCUUAACCUCCUCUUCUUCUCAGACCUAACCCUAAACCCAUCUCUCUCUCUCCUCUCUUCUCCCUCUUCUUACAAAGCUUCAUCUUCCUGUAUUAACUAGUCCAGCUCCAGUUUCAUUUUCAUGUACAUGACUUUGUUGUUCCUCUCUUCCAUUUAAUUAACCUCUCUCUUCUUUAAAACUUUUCAAUCUUUUCUUCCCUUAAUUUAUUGAAUUGAGCUCUAUUUUGUACAUCAUCAUCGUCAAGCUAAGCUAUUGGUUUUGAUUCGAGUGGAAGAGAAGAGAGGAGACUUAGUUAUCAAUUAAUUAGGGUUUUCAAUUGUUUCCUUUUCAAUCAAGAAAUAAUGGAUCAGGUCUCUCGCUCCCUUCCUCCACCUUUUCUCUCAAGAGAUCUCCAUCUUCACCCGCACCAUCAAUUCCAACAUCAGCAGCAGCAGCAGCAACAUAACCACGGCCACGAGAUCGACCAACACCGAAUCGGCGGGCUUAAACGUGACAGAGACGCUGAGAUCGAUCCCAACGAGCACUCUUCUGCCGGAAAAGACCAAAACACUCCCGGCUCAGGCGGAGAAAGCGGCGGAGGCGGAGGGGGUGAUAAUCAUAUCACGAGAAGGCCACGUGGCAGACCAGCGGGGUCCAAAAACAAACCAAAACCACCAAUCAUCAUCACUCGGGACAGCGCAAACGCUCUCAAAUCUCAUGUCAUGGAAGUUGCAAACGGAUGUGACGUCAUGGAGAGCGUCACCGUCUUCGCUCGCCGUCGCCAACGUGGCAUCUGCGUUCUUAGCGGAAACGGCGCCGUUACGAACGUCACCAUAAGACAACCGGCUUCAGUACCUGGUGGUGGCUCGUCAGUCGUUAACUUACACGGACGUUUCGAGAUUCUUUCUCUCUCGGGGUCUUUCCUUCCUCCACCGGCUCCACCAGCUGCGUCAGGUCUAACGAUUUACUUAGCCGGUGGUCAAGGACAGGUCGUUGGAGGAAGCGUAGUUGGUCCACUGAUGGCUUCAGGACCUGUGGUGAUUAUGGCAGCUUCCUUUGGGAACGCUGCGUAUGAGAGGUUGCCGUUAGAGGAAGAUGAUCAAGAAGAGCAAACGGCUGGAGCGGUUGCUAAUAAUAUCGAUGGAAACGCAGCGAUGGGUGGUGGGACGCAAACGCCAACGCAGACUCAGAAUCAGACGCAGCAGCAGCAGCAACAACAACAGUUGAUGCAAGAUCCGACGUCGUUUAUACAAGGAUUGCCUCCUAAUCUUAUGAAUUCUGUUCAGUUGCCAGCUGAAGCUUAUUGGGGAACUCCACGACCAUCUUUCUAAAUCGCCAAAAAAACAAGUACUUAGAUACGUUCGUUGUUUUAAAUUUAUAAUCUCUCUUGUCAAAUUUUAAUUUCCUUUUCUUCUUUUUCUUCUUCUUUGUUUUCUAAAGAUAAUUGUAGUCUUUGACGAAGAUUCGUGGUACGUAUGAGUCGAAGAGAAUCGUUUUGGUCAUGGUAUUGAUCGAUUUUUAGGUUUGAGAGGAGGGUUGUGUGUUUGCGUUGACUAGGAGAUUAUAAAUUGUUGAUUUAUGAGUUUUUAUAUUCAUGUGUUGGUGAUUAUUAGCUUUACGUCUAUGUUGAAUUAUAGAGCAUAAGCUAUGAUUUCAUAUAUUGAAAGGUUAAACAGGUUACUAACAAUGUCAUGCUAUUAUUUUCUUCCGUUACUCUUUUGGUAAGAGGUCAAAUAAUGAAUUUUUCAUAUCCGUUAUAUACUCAA